UUUUUGCCCUCUGGGAAGUCUCUGUGUGUAAUUUAAGUUAACUAGGAAGGAUAUGGUUAAAGCACAGCAGAAUGUGGAAGAUUAAAAGUUAAUAGGUAAAGGACACGUCACAAACUCACUGCACCUUAUGUAUUAGGGAGGGGGAGGGGGGUUAUAACCGAUGCCUGAGAUACAUGAACUGUCAGUUUCAUUUCUUUUCUCUCCCAGUCAGUGAUGGCGGCUGCUGAUCUGAGAGUUGAGUUGACCUGCUCCAUCUGCCAGGAAAUUUAUACUGAUCCUGUAUCCCUGCCAUGUGGGCACAACUUCUGCCAGGGCUGCAUUGGGAAAGCAUGGGACUGGCAGAAGAGCAUAGUGGAAGAUCCUUCUUGCCCUCAAUGUAGACAGAGAUACAGGAGACAACCUGAACUAAAAAGGAACCUGACACUGCAGAACAUAGCAGAGCGAUUCCUUCCUACUGACCCAGAGCAGGAUGGGACCGGGAUCUCAGGGGACAUGAAAUGCUCCACACAUGAUAAGUCCCUGGAGUAUUACUGCUGUGAGGAUGGUGCCUGUGUCUGUGUGUCCUGCUGCCUGGCUGGGAAGCACAGGGGCCACAGGGUGGAGCUGCUGAGUGAGGCCUCUAAGAAGAAGAAAGAGAAACUGAGGAAAGCUCUGGAAAAACUGAGGCCAGACAGAGAGGAGACCGAGAGAGGAGUCCAGAGACUACAGGACCUCAGGAAAGACUGGCUGCCAAUAAGUGCAGUCAGUGCGACAGAGAGAAUCACUGCCCUGUUUAGAGACAUCAGGGAACAGUUGGAAACCCUAGAAAAGCAACUACUGAGUGACAUCUCCAACCAGAAAGAGGAGCUUUCCCUCAAACUCUCUGAUCUAAUGGAGCAGCUGGAAAUAAAGAAGGAUGAGCUGUCCAGCAAGAUCUGUCACAUUGAGGAGCUGUGCAACAUGGCAAAUCCACUCACUGUCCUACAGGAACAGAAAUUCGAUGCCUUUUGUAGGGCUGAGGGGGCAGAUAAUGAGGGGGGCAGAGAGAGAGAUGAUAUAAAGGACCCUUCUAUAGUGGAUCUGGAUGAGGAUCUGAUCUCAAAGACAUUACUUACAGGCUUAGCUGGGAUUGUGACUGGGGUAGAGGAAAGUAUCUAUGGGCAGAAGGCUACAGACCUUGUACUUAAUAUAAAAACGGCACAUAAUCAUGUAUCUGUAUCAGGGGACAGGAAAUCUGCUUCCUACUCACAUGGACCAUGGGGUUACCCACAAUCCCCAAGGAGAUUUCAGCAUUAUCCUCAGGCUUUAAGCAGCAGAGUUUUUCGCUCAGGACGACAUUACUGGGAAGUGGAGGUCAGUGAAUCAGGGUACUGGGAGGUAGGGGUGGCCUAUCUCAGUAUUAAGAGGAAAGGUUAUCAGUCUGGCAUUGGGAAUAGUAACAGGUCCUGGAGUUUGUACAUGGAAGAUAAUAACAGAUAUUCAGUGAGACAUGACAAUAAAUACACAGAUUUACCCCACGUCCCUUCCUGCGGGAUAAUCAGGAUCUCACUGGACUUUGAGGCUGGAAGUCUGUCCUUUUAUGAGCUGAGUGAGCCAAUCAGACACUUAUGCACCUUCACUGCCAAAUUCACUGAGCCCCUUCAUGCUGCAUUCGGGGUAACGGGGGAUAAUGCCUGGCUGAGAAUCAUUAUUUAG